AUGUCAAAGGGACCCACAGUUGGCAUUGAUCUUGGCACUAAUUACUCCUAUGUAGGAGUCUUCCAACACGGGAAAGUGGAGAUCAGUGCUAAUGACCAAGGAAACAGGACCACCCCCAGCUACGUCGCCAUCACCAAUACAGAAUGUUUAAUCAGUGAUGCUGCAAAGAAUCAAGUUGCAAUGAACCCCACCAACACAGUCUUUGAUGCCAAACAUCUGAUUGGUCACAGAUUUGAUGAUUCAGUUGUACAGUCAGACAUGAAGCAUUGGCCUUUUAUGGUGGUGAAUGACGCAGGCAGGCCUAAGGUCCAAGUCGAAUAGAAAGGGGAGACCAAAAGUUUCUAUCCCAAAGAAGUAUCAUCUAUGGUCUUGACCAAGAUGAAAGAAGUUGCUGAAGCUUACCUUGGGAAGACUGUCAUAUAUGCUGUUGUCACAAUACCAGCCUACUUCAACAAUUCCCAACGACAGGCCACCAAAGACGCCAGAACCAUUGCUAGUCUCAAUGUGCUCCGAAUCAUCAAUGAGCCAACUGCUGCUGCUAUUGCUUAUGGCUUGGACAAAAAAGUUGGUGCCGAGAGAAAGUUGAUCUUUGACCUUGGAAGUGGUACCUUUGAUGUCUCUAUCCUUACCAUUGAAGAUGGUAUCUUUGAAGUCAAGUACACAGCUGGGGACACCCACUUGGGUGGCGAGGAUGACAACUGCAUGGUCAACCAUUUCACUGCUGAGUUCAAGCAAAAGCAGAAGAAGGACAUCAGUGAGAACAAGAGGGCUGUUCGCUGUCUGAGCGCUGCUUGUGAACAUGCAAAGAGAACCCUCUCUUCCAGUACACAGGCCAGUAUUGAGAUCGAUUCCCUCUAUGAAGGUAUCGACUUCUAUUCCUCUAUUACCCAGGCCUGUUUUGAAGAGCUGAAUGCUGACCUCUUCCGUGGCACACUGGAUCCUGUGGAAAAGGUCCUCGGAGAUGCCAAGCUAGAUAAAUCACAGAAUCAUGACAUUGUCUUGGUGGGUGGUUCCACUCGAAUCCCCCAAAUCCAGAAGCUUCUGCAGGACUUCUUCAAUGGCAAGGAGCUCAACAACAGUAUCAAUCCAGAUGAGGUUGUUGCCUAUGGUGCAGCUGUCCAGGCUGCCAUCUUGUCUGGAGAUAAAUCUGAGAAAGUGCAGGACUUGCUGCUGCUAAAUGUCACUCCUCUUUCCCUUGGAAUUGAAACUGCUGGUGGAGUCAUGACAGUUCUGAUCAAACGCAAUACCACCAUUCUCACCAAGCAGACCAAGACCUUUACUACCUACUCUGACAAUCAGCCUGGUGUGCUUAUUCAGGUUUAUGAAGGUGAGAGAGCAAUGACAAAGGAUAACAACUUACUUGGCAAGUUUGAGCUCACAGGAAUCCCUCCUGCCCCUCCUGUCUCUCAGAUUGAAGUUACAUUUGACAUUGAUGCUAACAGCAUCCUCAAUGUGUCUACUGUGGAUAAGAGCACAGGCAAAGAGAACAAGAUCAUCAUCACCAAUGACAAAGGUUGUCUGAGCAAAGAAGACAUUGAGCGCAUGAUCCAGGAGGCUGAGAAGUACAAGGCUGAAGAUGAGAAGCAGAGAGAUAAGGUGUCUUCCAAGAAUUCUCUUGAGUCUUAUGCUUUCAACAUGAAGGCAACUGUUGAGGAUGAGAAACUGCAAGGCAAAAUUGGUGAUGAAGACAAACAGAAGAUCCUUGACAAAUGCAAUGAAAUAAUCAACUGUCUGGAUAAGAACCUGACUGCUGAAAAGGAAGAAUUUGAAUAUCAGCAGAAAGAAUUGGAAAAAGUCUGCAACCCCAUCAUCACCAAGCUGUACCAGAGUACAGGAGGCAUGGCCCAGGGGGCAUGCCUGGUGGGUUCCCAGGAGGUGGAGCAGCCCCAUCUGGAGGUGCUUCUCCUGGACCUACCAUUGAAGAGGUCGACUAAAUGUGCCUGAAGAAAAAGCAUUCCACACAGCUUUCCAAAAAUUGAAGGUCUCAAAUUUGUAGCCAAGGCAGUAGCAGUUUAAAGUUAACAUUUAAGCUACUGUGUAAAUCUGGGCAUUCUGAAUACUUGAAUGUGUUCAGAAGGAGAAGUGAACAACAUUGCACUUUAUCAGUACUGUAUAAAAACAAGUGGAAAUGCAAUUCUUGUCCUAGAGAAUAAAUAUUUAAAAUUGGCACCAUAAAAAUAAAAAAGAAUUGCUGUGGUCAAAAAAUUCAUCACUCCAAAGCCAACCUGGUGGAAUUUCUCAAGUAAACUGGGCUGGUCCUCUGAUGACAUAAAAGUUAGUUGCUUGCCUUCACCAGAAGCUGUAUUAUCUUGAUAAGACUUUCCAGAAUUUGUGUUCUUUUGGAGUGACCUUUGAAAACCCAAGGUAACUGCCUGUGCUUCUCAACAACUUAAGAACUGUUGUAUUCAUUGGGAUUUGGAAACCAUGCCUCAUGUAAUCUGGAAUAUUCUGUGUUAAUUUUACGAAUCAUCUAGACCUUUGGAGAACAAAUCAUAUGGGCAGUUGCAUAGCACAGUGGAUAAAGGGCAAAACUUAGUGUCAGGAGGACAUGGCUUUGAAUCAGGCCUCAGGUACUCCUUAGCUAUGUGGCCCUGGCCAAGUCACUUAAACCAGAUUGCCUAGCCCUUGCCAUUCUUCUGUCUUAGAUUUGAUACCAGGACAGAGGGUAAGGGUUUAAAAAAAAUCCUGAGGAAGGUCCUGAAUAUAAUGAUAUAUAAAGAAGAUAUGGACUCUUAUCUGCAAGUAUACUUUGUUGUAAGAUUUUUUUCAAACCCUUAUCUUCCAUCAUGGAAUCAAUCCUGUGUUUUGGUUCCAAAGCAGAAGAGUGGUAAGGGCUAGGCAAUAGGGGGUCAAGUGACUUACCCAGGGUCACGCAGCUAGGAAGUGUCUGAGGCUAAAUUUGACCUAAGACUCUUGUCUUUAGGCCUGGCUCUCAAUCCACUGGGCCGCCUACUUGCCCCCAUUGUAAGAUUUUAAAAUGAUGUUUGUGUUCUUUUAAUUAUUUCCUAUUUAUUCCGUCCAUACUUGCUUUGUAUAUAUUUGUUUACAUGUUGUCUCUCCCAUUAGAUUAUAAAACUCCUUGUGACCACAACAUGGAAAAGGAGAAAAAAAGUGAAUACUAUUAUUAUAUUGACUUGCAGAGGCAGAGUGUUAGGAAAUGUACAGUAAUGGUACAUAGAUUGAUGUUUGGUUUGGGGUUGUUUUUUUGUCUGUUUGUUUUUUUGGCUGAAAGGAUUAUUUAGAAAUAGAGAGGAUAUAAAAACAAGAUUUCAAUAAAAGUAAUGUCUGUAAAAAAAUAAAGCUCCUUGUGGGUAGGA